GGGAAGCCCCGCAUGAAGGUGCCGCCAUUUUGGAGUCUGAUGUACAGGAGCCGAGGCGCUGCGGAGUCUUCAGACUCUCUCUUUUAUUUUUUUAAUAGUUAACAACAUUUCUCACCUUUUCCUCGGGAUUAUAUUAAUUUUCCGUUCGCAGCUUCUGGUUAAACAGCACAGGAUUUGUGACACCAUGGCGUCGGAUCACGUGAACGGGAACGGCACGGAGGAGCCCAUGGACACGUCCUCCACACACUCGGAGAACUUCCAGUGUUUAAUACAGGCCGGGUUACCUCAGAAAGUCGCUGAGAAGCUCGAUGAAAUCUACCUGGCAGGCCUGGUAGCACACAGUGACCUGGAUGAGAGAGCUAUCGAAGCUCUGAAAGAGUUUAAUGAAGAGGGAGCGCUCCAGGUUCUGCAGCAGUUUAAAGAAAGUGACCUGUCUCACGUGCAGAAUAAAAGUGCCUUCCUUUGUGGCGUGAUGAAGACGUACAGGCAGAGGGAGAAACAGGGGACCAAAGUUACAGAAUCCGGCAAAGGACCAGACGAAACCAAAAUCAAAGCUCUACUCGACAGAACCGGCUACACGCUCGAUGUCACUACAGGACAAAGGAAAUACGGAGGACCACCACCCGAGUGUGUGUACACAGGCCCUCAGCCCUCCAUCGGCACAGAGAUCUUUGUGGGGAAGAUCCCACGGGACCUGUUUGAAGAUGAACUGGUGCCCCUGUUUGAGAAGGCAGGGCAGAUUUGGGACCUGCGGCUGAUGAUGGACCCUCUGAGUGGGCUGAACCGGGGAUACGCCUUCAUCACCUUCUGCACUAAGGAGGCUGCACAGGAGGCAGUGAAGCUGUAUAACAAUCGUGAGAUCCGCCCAGGGAAACACAUCGGUGUGUGUAUAUCUGUGGCCAACAACCGCCUGUUUGUGGGUUCCAUCCCCAAGAGCAAGACAAAAGAACAGAUCCUUGAGGAAUUUGCCAAAGUCACAGAGGGUCUGAACGAUGUGAUCCUGUACACCCAGCCAGACGACAAGAAGAAGAACCGUGGGUUCUGUUUCCUGGAGUAUGAAGACCAUAAAUCGGCAGCUCAGGCUCGGCGGAGGCUGAUGAGUGGGAAGGUGAAGGUGUGGGGUACGCUGGUGACGGUGGAAUGGGCCGACCCCAUCGAGGACCCUGACCCUGAGAUCAUGGCCAAGGUGAAGGUGCUGUUUGUGAGGAACCUAGCGAACAACGUAACUGAGGACAUUCUGGAGAAGACCUUUAGCCAGUUCGGGAAGCUGGAGCGGGUGAAGAAGCUGAAAGACUACGCCUUCGUUCACUUUGAGGAGCGAGACGGUGCUGUGAAGGGCCUGGAGGAGAUGAAUGGGAAGGAGCUGGAGGGAGAACCUGUAGAGAUUGUGUUUGCAAAGCCUCCUGAUCAGAAGAGGAAAGAACGUAAAGCACAGAGACAAGCUGCCAAAACUCAAAUGUAUGAUGAGUAUUACUACUACGGCCCCCCUCAUAUGCCACCGCCCCCUCCCAGAGGUCGUGGUAGGGGCGGAGCCCGAGGUGGCUAUUCGUACCCUCCCGAUUAUUAUGGUUAUGAAGAUUACUACGACUACUAUGGUUACGACUACCAUGGUUACCGCGGCGGUUAUGAGGAGCCUUACUACGGCUAUGACGACUUCCAGGGGCGGAGCCAGCGUGUUCCGAGAGGCGGACCCAGAGGAGGACGUGGGGCGGGGCCUCCAAGGGGUAGGGCUGGAUUUCCCCAGCGUGGAGGUGCAGGAGUGGCCGGAGGAGGCGGAGCAAGGAGGAGAGGAGGCGGGGUUCGAGGGCAGGGAAAGACCUCAAGAGCAGCGCUGACAAACGCCUCUGAGUGAAGAGCAGCUCAUUAAAGCGCAGCCUCUUCUCAGACGACACCAGAGGACACGGCGGUAAGAGGCUCUUCCUGCCGUCCAAGUCGUACUUUCUGCCUUACAGACACACACACACACACUCACACACCUUGAGCCAUGAGUUCACUUUAACACUUCCUGUUGUCCGAACCAGUGCCUUGUACACUACAUUUUGCGAACCCUGUGCACUGUGACUGCUGCACUGUGUCCCAAAUCAUACACCCUUACACACUAUAGCCACAGUUGCCCUACCAUCGGUCCACUGCGUGUGUCCCCCAAACUACACACCUAAUGCAGUAGAUCUGGGCCAGCGUUGGUCCCCUGGGGACGUCCCCUGGAGUUUACUUUGGGUUUGUCCCUAAUCAGAAUCUUUACUCACUACACAGGCCACAAUGUCAAAAAAAAGCACACGUUUAAUACACUAUAUAGUCCACCAUUGGUCUGGUGUGUUACAAAGCACUCACUCUGCUCACUAUAUAGGCCACUAUCUGUCUAUGGCAGCUGUGUCACAAACCACACACACCUUGUACACCAUGUACUUGUACCCAGUGCAUUGUGGGUAAUUUUGUCAUUGUGUGAACACUAAGCAAUGUUUUGUGGCACUAUGUAGUGAGCAGGGGGCUGUUUCGGAUGUGCUGGUUGUGUUUAAUUCUCCCAAAGAGCUGAACUGAGGAGUUUAUCUUGUUCUGUAAAUCUUUUGCACUAUGUAUAUUUGUUUUUUUUUUUUUUUAUUGUAUUUUGUUUCUUCUUUUUAAAUCUACAGAUUGUCUUUACUGCAGAUCUCCGUGGUAGUGCACGAGAUAGAAAGUGUGCACUAUAGUUUAUCUAUUAAAAUAGAUCCAUGUGAACAGAUCACUUUAGAAGUGAUGAGUGGAAUUUUACACAUUAGUGUGUUCUGUCUGUGGCACUUCACCUGGUGAUCUGCACUUUUAAAGGCAUGGUGGGGGUGGGGGGUUUACUGGGAUGUUUAUAUUUUAAUAUUGAUUAAUGUCUUAGGUGGCCUAAGCGGUGUAAAGUGGUUCUGUUGUGAACCUGAUUUAUGUUUUUGAUUAAUAGUGUAAAGUGGUCUUAAUUUUUUAUUUUCUUUUUAUUUUAUAUCUACCUCAGUGUGGAGGUCAUGUACAGACACUUUACUGAGCACACAGGGCUUUUCUACCGUUUCAUAAGCACUAUUUAUGCACAGGGACGACGGCCGGCCAUCUGUCUGCUGUAUUAUAGUUCUGUUAGAACGCCAUGGUCCCCUGCCCGUGUGUGUGCGUGCGUGUGAGAGAGAAACUCGGACGUCGAGUCUAAACACGCCUGGCCUUGGUCUCCUCUUGGAGCGUGUCAUUUGUAUUAAUCGUAUUUUUGGUGUCCGUUUUGUCAUAACACAAACUAGGUAGUAACAGUUAAACACAAUAAUGUGGUGUUUUUGUUUGGCAGGGUGCUUAAUCAGACAUGCACAACUGGCCCUGUGUUAAAGGGUAAGUUCAGCAUCAGGACACACACUGAGUGAUUACUAGGUGACACUAGGGGGCAAUAGAACGCUCACCUACCCCAGCACCUUACCGAUCAUCAACACUAGCCUGGUUACAAAUCAUUUUACUUUGUACACACUUGUUCACUGUGUGUGAUGUCAUCAUGCUGGAUUUACUUUCAGGUGCCUCUUUAUUUUUCAUGAACUUACAGCCAUGUCGAUUGUGCAGUGUUUUAGCGUAGCAUUGUUAGCGAACAUGCUAGUGUGUCCCUGCUUUACCAGGGUGUAACAGGAGGAGAUGUGGGCUUCCUGUCAGACUGCCUUUGUUUUAACUCUUUUUAUUUAAAGACAUCAGAAAUCUGAAAUAAACUCUUGCAUUUUGGUGC